AUGGCGUCAGCAGUCGAAUUGCCUGGGGAAACCAACCCCUUAACUCGUCAGAACGUUUUUAACACCCUUGUGAACGCUGCGGGCAACACUCAACAACAGGUUGUAGCAGGUGGACAACAGCUUCAAAAUUGGGAGAAACAGCCGAAUUAUUUUUCACUGCUACAGGAUAUCUUCGUCGAUUUCUCCCUACCAAAUGAAGUCCGUUACCUGUCGAUUAUACAGCUGAAAAACGGCGUUGAUAAAUACUGGAGGAAAACGGCCCCAAAUGCUAUCAAGGCAGGAGAGAAACUGCAGAUCAGAUCACGGGCCCUUGAGGCUGGUGCUGUCGAACCUGAUACCAAACUUGCUCUUCACAAUGCCCUGAUGCUUGCGAAGAUAGUGCGUUUGGAAUUCCCGUCAGAAUGGCCUGAUGCGAUUAUAUCAGUGCUUACAUUGCUUCGCGCCGCCUGCCAGCCCGGUAGCAAUCCUUUGCAGCUUCCACGUACCCUCCUUAUCCUUUUACAUAUAACCAAAGAACUCUCCACGGUGAGAUUGCAAAGAAUUAAAAGGAACCUCUAUGCCAUUGCGCCGGAGAUAUUCCACAUUCUUGCCAACAUUUAUGUCGAAAAGGUCCGUAAAUGGGGUACCUUUUUAGAAGUUGGUGGUGACGACGAGGGCGGAGCUUUGGAAUCUUUCGAUGAAAGCCUCAUCACGUUGAAGACUUUGCGCCGGUUAAUAGUUACGGCUUUCGAGAACCCAAACAGAGACAGCGACGUCCAGCAGUUUUGGACCUUAUCACUUGCUCAUGUCGGGAAUUUCUAUUCGUUGCUGGAACGGAAGUCCUCCGAAUUGGCACCAAAUGUCACAAGGCUACUUGAAAGACACAUAAUACAGCUAUCCAAACUUCAUUUGGAGAUGGCCAAGACCCACCCAGCAGCAUUUGCCUUAUUUCCUGGCUGCGUCGACCUUACCCGAUCUUACUGGGGUCUUGUUGUUGAGCUUGCCAAACACUACAACCCAAGUGACAUGUCUCGAGCCAAAAUUGGAACUGAUGGCGACGCUGAUGACGAAGAAACUCCAUUCCUAGAAAGUAUCGCGCUCAAGGGCUUGCUUAUCCUUCGCUCAUGUAUAAAAAUGGCAUUCUACCCAACACACACGUUUAAAUACCUUCAUGCCCGGGAUAAAGAGGAGAGAAGCCAAUCCAUUGAGCUUAUCAAGUCCCAACUACUGACACACGAAUUCGUAGUUCAAGUCAUGGAGCUCCUUAUCACCCGCUUCUUUGUCUUUCGGGCAAGUGACCUGCGGCAGUGGGGGGAAGAUCCCGAAGAAUGGGAGAAGCGUGAAGACGAGAUCACAGACGCGUACGACUUUUCUAUCCGUUCUUGUUCCGACAAAGUAUUUCUCGACCUCCUUAUCCACUUCAAACAACUCCUCGUCCCCAAACUCCUGCACGUCUUUUACUCCUAUGCCAGUCCCCAAAAUCAAGAGGUUCUGCUGAAGGAUUCCCUCUAUUCAGCUGUCGGCCUUGGGGCCGCCAUCCUGGAGAAGCAGCUUGAUUUCAAUGCCUUUUUAUCAUCUACCCUUAUUCCGGAGGUUCAAAUUCAGCAGCCAGGGUAUAACCUUCUUAGACGACGGAUAGCAAUACUGCUUGGUCAAUGGGUACCCGUGAAAGCUGACGAGUUAGACAUGUCGUCAAUUUACCAAAUCUUUCAACAUCUACUUAAUAAAAGCGAUCCCAUUAACGAUCAAGUGGUCCGAGUGACGGCUGGUCGUCAACUGAAAAAUGUGCUAGAGCCAUUUGAAUUCAGCGUUGAUCGGUUCCUGCCCUAUGCUACGCCCAUACUUCAGAGCCUUAUGGAUCUGAUAGGCGAAGUAACUCUUACAGAAACCAAAAUGGCACUUGUCGGGACAGUUCGGGUUGCCGUGGUUAAGAUGGAAGAUCACAUUGCGCCGUACGCCGAUCAAAUAGUCUCUCUACUGCCACAGCUGUGGGAGCAAGCAAGCAAAGAGAAUUUGAUGAAGCAAGCCAUUCUAACGCUACUUUCUUCAUUAAUUCAUUCAAUGAAACAAGAAUCUGUCCGAUAUCACCAGAUAAUUAUUCCCCUGAUCCAAAAAUCCGUCGAUCCUCAAUCGGUAUGCAUCUUCCCUCCUUCGCAUAUUAACUCCACAUAUAUUAUAACAAUCUGCUAA